AUGUUACGUGGCAUCCAGUUUCUAGCCCACGUAUCCCAUUUCAAUCUAGUAAACUGGUACAACAGGACGUUCGUGGAUGACUCAGCAAUACCUCAAUUUGUCGACAAUCAAGCUUUCACCGCCGCCAUGUCUGAGGCUGUUUGUGGCGAUGGGCUGGACUUGCAAUCCCUCCUAGACCACGCAGACCGACGGGGUAAGCAGCUCACGGUCAGCGCGAGUGGCACCGAUCAUCUACGUUUCGAAGAUGCUAUGCGCGAGCAUCUCGACCUUCUGGCGGUUGAGGGGACCCGAGACCGAGACCAUUAUUGCUCUCGUUGUGUACGCAUUCAAUCUGGUGGAACCGAUCCAGCAACUGGCGAAGAGAUAUUGUUAGACUAUUUCAGGCAUCCGCGCGGUCGUGACGGAUGGUCUCACAAUAGGACAUUACCGCUGCAGUGCAACAACCGACCAGCUCGCAGAGCUGGCUCAUACAGCAGGACUUCCGCCACCCGAAGGCCCUUGUACCAAACGUCUUGA